AGGCCGCCGCGAAGGCGUUUUCUCAAUGGAGCCAGCAAUAAGAACGAUAGUAGAUGGAGAAGCUUCGGAGUCGGACGAUGAUGAGGAAUCAGCAGAAUAUGAAGAGAAGAUGGAUGCCAGACUGCUAAGUGAGGACCCAGUGAAUGCUGUAUCUAUUUCAGGAGAGGCAUCAGAAUCAGAAGAUGAAGAAAUACCCCCAAUUAAAGUGGACACGGGACACAGUGGACUGUUAGAUGCACCUCUUGUGACUUUAGCUCCCAAACUUUACUCUAGUAAACCCAAGUAUGACAGCUUACUGCAUAAAAAGUUGAGAGAGAAAAACUCAAACCUGAGGAGACACAUAGUGGAUUCUGUACAUCAGAUGUAUUUGGUGUCUGCUAAAGAUUUACACAAUACAAGUCUUCAGCUGCAUAAGUCACAGGCACUGAUAAUGGAUGUUAGUCAUAACAUGAAGCAACUGACCAAUGACUUGUUUCACCUAGAGGACAAAGUGGACAUUGUGACGUCAUGUCAAAUCUUGCCAGAUAUUAAGUUGUGUUCCUCUGUGCAAUAAAUAAGAUGACCAGAGAGAGAGAGAGAUAAAGAGAGAUAGAACUUUGACUGCAAUAUCUGCAUUAAAAAUUGCUAAUUAAAUUUGUAAACAUUUUGUGAUUUAAUCAUGUACCUUACAUUUAUUGUAAUACUCUGAAUUAGGAGAUAUAAAAAGAAAUAGAUCUAA